CUGCGCCGGGGUCCCAGGAGUAGGGGGCUGCUGUCUGCGGGGUCCCAGGAGUAGGGGGCUGCUGUCUGCAGGGGCCCAGGAUUAGGGGGCUGCUGUCUGCGCCGGGGUCCCAGGAUUAGGGGGCUGCUGUCUGCAGGGGCCCAGGAUUAGGGGGCUGCUGUCUGCGCCGGGGUCCCAGGAUUAGGGGGCUGCUGUCUGCGCCGGGGUCCCAGGAUUAGGGGGCUGCUGUCUGCGCCGGGGUCCCAGGAGUAGGGGGCUUCUGUCUGCGGGGUCCCAGGAGUAGGGGGCUGCUGUCUGCGGGGGCCCAGGAGUAGGGGGCUGCUGUCUGCGGGGUCCCAGGAGUAGGGGGCUGCUGUCUGCGGGGGCCCAGGAGUAGGGGGCUGCUGUCUGCGGGGUCCCAGGAGUAGGGGGCUGCUGUCUGCGGGGGCCCAGGUGUGAAUGGCUUUGGAAAGGUAACAUCCAGUUGAUGGGUGACAGUGGCUCCAGCUACGCACUGUUUUGGGGCCCGGGAAGAAGCAGCAGGGAGUGAUGUGUGGGGGCCACAGGUGGGUGGAUCAGGAAUGUCUGAGGGUCUUUCCAACGGCGUUGUGGAUGAAGAUGGAGGGGUCCCAUUUUAUGUGAAUAGGGGGGGCCUACCUAUAGAUGGGCCCACAUGGGAGCGGAUGUGGGCAUACGUGGCACGGACUCAUCCAGAUGGCGAGACUCUUGUCAAGUCAAUCCGGAGCGCUGUGGAUCUGGCCCGGGUGCCAGUCCCACCAGUGCCCGCGCUGACAUCCGCCGCCUCAGUGCCCGAGCGCGUGGAGGCCGUGCAGAGAUACAUCCGAGAGCUGCAAUACAAUCACACGGGGACCCAGUUCUUCGAGAUCAAGAAGACGCGGCCACUGACCGGGCUGAUGGAUCUGGCCAAAGAGAUGACUAAGGAAGCUCUCCCCAUCAAAUGUCUGGAGGCCGUCAUCCUGGGCAUAUACCUGACCAACAGCAUCCCCGGCCUGGAGCGAUUCCCCAUCAGCUUCAAGACCCAGUUUGCGGGCGGCUGCUUCCGCCAUAUUGUGCUGGGCCUGCACUGGGGCGGAUACUUUGGGGCGCUCGGAAUCAGCCGGCGGGAGGACCUGAUGUACAAGCCUCUGCGGCACAGGAGCCUGCACGAGCUGAUGACGGAUUUCCAGGACGCCUACGCUCGCUGCUGGCACACGCUCUGGAAGAUAAAGAUUGGCCCAUACGUGUCACAUGACCCACACAGCGUGGAGCAGAUUGACUGGAAACAGUCAGUGCUGGACGCGCAGAACCUGGGUGCGGAGGAGCUGCGCAGGGAACUGGAGCGCCACAGCAGAGAGAUGAGACUCAGGAUAAUCAAAGGACCCCCAUCACCCCCUAAGGAGCGAAGAAGGGAGGUCACCCCAUCCCCCCAGCGAGGACAGGCCAGCCCACAGCGCAGGGAGCGGCUGGACAGACGGUAA